GUGAAAGAAUAAAUAAGAAUUGUAAAGAAAUAAACUGAGUAAUACAUGCGAGAAGAAAUAAUUAGCUCUAGUAAAACAAUGUUGUAUCAACAGAAUUAAAAAGCAAUUUGUAACGUCCUUGAGUGUAGUGAAUGUGUGCACAGAAUGAAAAUAAAACCAAAAAUUUCAGUACCUUAUUGGGCUAUUUUGCUCAUGAACGCGUGUAGUUUAUGUGAAUGCUAUAAAAACAUAAUCCUAAAAGAUUAUCUAUGCGCGGACAAAUUUUUAUUAGAUAUACAGAGAUCCCUUCAUGUUCAUCCCGCAUUUACUCUGACUGAGGAUCGAGAUUCUGCAGCCAUCAUAACCCAGAUGUGGAAUACAACGUUACCUGGCUAUUACUCGUCUAACAAGUUAAAAUACGAUUGUUAUUUUCGCGUACAAACUCCUCAUCGACCGCCUCGCGGAAUUUACACUGUCAUCACACGUCUUAAAUUUCGACGUGAUCCUGCCAAUAAUGCUUGCAUAGAUUAUAUUCAAUUUGUUGGUGGUAAUCGUCCAGCAUCUGAAAAGAUAUGCAACGAAAUAGCAAUAGACGGGCCGGGUCGGUUAAUAUUCGAUGAACGUAAUCGUGAAGUUAAUAUUCACAUUUACAUCGAUAAGCGAGUUUCGAUAAAGGAACCACUCGAAUUGCGAAUGGUGAUGACAGCGCACUCUGAAUGUAAAUACACUGGAGAUUUUCUCUGUGAUCCGAAAGACCAGUACUCGUGUAUUUCCCGUCAUUUUGUGCGUGAUAAUAUAACGAAUUGUAUGUAUCCAUGUCGAGAUGAAAUAUCAUGCUUUCACGAUGCACCUACUUCAGUGGAAGCUGACACCACCUAUGUAGCACUUUCAGCGCUAACUUCGCUAAUUUUUACAAUGUUGGGCGUUGGUUUCUGCAUAUGGGUCUGUUGGAAGUAUUGGAAUUGCAUAACCGUGCAACAGCAUGCACACGAAGCUUCAGCGGCUGCUCAUCGUAGAGGGCAAACGGAAACCCCUGUAGUUCAGAUACCAAACGCACCGUCUUUUAGCGGUGCUAUUACGUCGAGUAUUGGAUAUGAACAAGAUAAUCGACAUCAUCAACCACAAUCACCAAAAGAUUUACCGCCAAGCUAUGAAUCAUUAUUUCCAGAAAGAUAAGCGGUAGUGUGGCGUUGUAGUCAAUUUAUUUAAAAAUGUUACUGCUAGACGCAAUCCAAACUAUUAUCUACAUGUUUAAGGAAUCUCUUUUACAACUAAAUCAAAUGUGGGUGAUCUAGUUUUGUGAAUUAAUUAACAUUGAAGUGUCAAACUUGUGCCACCAGAUUUUUGUAUUAUAAUUUUGUUUUUGUUCUUUUUUGUUUUUGUGAUGUAAUAUGCCGAUCAAAUGAAUGUCUAGAGUGCCAUCGAUGUACAGUUAAAAAUGUACAACUCUGCAUUUAGUACUGUUAUUAUUUGACAAUUUACCAACUCGAAUAAGAUGUAUGUACGUAUCUGUUGAAAAUUGUAACUGCCUUCAAAAUAUGACCAUUCAAUUAUAAAAUGUUAGAAAUCACUGUCAACCAACACAAAGUCAAUAUGUUAUACAAAUACAUGUAAGAUACUUAUUUAUAUAAAGUCGUAAUAUAUGUAUCUUCAUCGUAACUAUGUAAUACAAUAAUACAAAAUACGUAACAUCAGUAUUUGCGGCACCGUUUGGUGUAAAUUAAAUGUUGAAUAAGUAUCAUAAAACGUUCGAAUAUGAAGAUGAAAAUUUGAAAUGUAUACAAAUAUUCUCACUGUCUUUAAAACACCAUUUUCAUUUAUAUUGAUAUAUAUGUAAAUAUGACUGUAAACGAAAAGCAAAUUAUAGCCAGUUAGUAAAGCAGCCAAAUGUUGAAAAAAUGUAAAAA